UAACGAAUAAACGACUCUAAUAUUAAAUUAUAUAAAACACUUUUAAGAAGAGUGUUUAAUUCUGUAUUGUUUAAAAAACUUACUAAAUUUGUUUUUUUUUUAAACAAAGAUUUUAAAUAACUUUUUAAAAUGAAUAAGAGAAAAUUUGAGGAAGAGAUCUAUCAUCAAAAUAAGUUUGAGAAAUUAAACAAUAUUGCUGAUUCUGAAGAUGAUGACGACAGUGUUGAUGAAAAGAAUUAUGAUGUUAUGCAAGAGCAAGAUAUUGAAGGACAAGAAGAUGGUGUAGUGGGCCAAGAUGGUGAAAUAAGAAUAACACCAUUUAAUAUGCAAGAAGAACUUGAAGAAGGGCAUUUUGAUACAGAAGGAAUGUAUCACUGGAAAAAAGAAAAAGAAAUACAAGAUAAUUGGCUAGAAAAUAUUGAUUGGUGUAAAAUUAAAGAUAUGUCUAAAGAACCAAAUAAAUCAGAUGACAUUGUAGAUGAAAGUGAACAAUUUAAUGUUAUUGCUGCUUAUAAAGAAAUAAUUAAUUUGAUGGAGCCUAAAGAAACCGUGUCUAAAGCAUUAAGACGUCUAGGAGGAACAAAAAGACUUACAACUGCAGAACGGUGGAAAAUGAAAAAAGCUGGAUUAAGUACUGAUGAUGAAUCAUCAUCAAAAGUCACGAGGCUUACUGAAUUAGCCAAUCAAAUUUUAACAGCUAAUGGAAAUAUGGAUGUAUAUCAAGAAACACAUGAACAGAUUACUCAAAUUAUUGCCAAAUCAGAAAAUAAAGGUGGUCCAUCAUCAUCAAUGACCUCAGAUUUGGAUAUGUAUGCUGAUGAUUUUGAUGAAAAAGAAAAAGAAAAGCUUGUUAAUACAAGUACAACUAGCAAAGAAGAACCAGAGAAAUCAUCUGAUGACAAACUGCAAUGGGAGUAUAAGUUUUCGUUAGAGAGCAAUGAAGUGUUUGGUCCUUAUGAUACUGAACAAAUGCUUAAGUGGAAAGAUGAAGAUAGAUUCAAAGAACCCAUAUGGGUACGAAAAUGUAAUUCAAAUUCAGAGUUUCAUUCUUCAAAACGGGUAGAUUUUGAUUUAUACCUAUAAAAUUUAUUACUAAUUUUAUAUAUGUUUUUACCAUUAUUUGGAUUACAUAUUAUUUCAUUGUACUUAAUAUAUGUAUUUAAGUAUUUCAUCUUCUAUCUAAUAGUUGUAACAUUCAAAAUCAUUUGCAAAAUAUACAGAUUAUGCAUUAAAAUUAAUAAUUAUUC